UUCUGUGACAAAGCUAGGCUAUAUGUUGAAUAAUAUUCAUGUUGUUGCCGUGCAUGUUUUUCAUGCCCACAUUGUCUUCUUUUGCCAUUUCCAGCCACAGCCGUUUUGUAAAGUUUGAUGCCGUUCUGAUGCUUUCGAUUUCGUUUCUGUUUGGAUUCGCAGCGCCGCCCGUCACACAGUUCAAUUGCCUCUCAAGCUGUCGUUCCAAAUUUUAGAAAAGCAAUCGAAAGUAAUGAAAUGCGCUACGUUACAUUACUUCGAUAAAGCAAUUGAAAUAACUACACUGCUAUUACGUUUUUAAAUAGGGCAGCCUAUCACGUUCCCAAAGGAUCCUUCCCAGCGCUGAUUCAGAGGAAGCCGUCACUGCGUGUCUGUCUUCAGCACCGCGGACAGCGACAAUGACUCGGCUCCGCAGGAAAGCUCUCGUGGCGCUGUUCCUCUUCACGCUGUUUAUUUUCGGGGCCAUGAUGGGGCUCAGGACGCUCAAGCCCAGCGACGGCUUCUCGGACCUAGCCCCCGGCAUAGGCAUAGAUUUCCCCGGGGAGAAGUCGGACCGGAGGCGGCUGGAUGGGAGAGACGUGGCGCAGGUGUCGCCGGGCCAGUUCCACACGGGCGGCAGCAGCAGCAGUGACACUAAAGUGGUUUUCACCAGAUCGGACCGUGAAUACAGCAUAUUCUACGAUGUUCACAUCUUCUACUACCUGUGGUACGGCUCUCCCAGCAUGGACAACAAGUACAUCCAUUGGGAUCAUGUGCUCGUGCCUCACUGGGACCCCAAGAUCGCAGCCAGUCAUGCCCAGGGAAGGCACACACCUCCGGAGGAUAUCGCCUCGAGUUUCUACCCGGAGCUGGGAGCCUACAGCUCCAGGGACCCGGCGGUGCUGGAGGCACACAUGGCCCAGAUUGAGGCGGCUGCAGCAGGGGUGCUGGUGUUGUCCUGGUACCCCCCCGGGGUGGCAGACGACCACGGCGAGCCCACCGAGGACCUGGUUCCUGUCGUCAUGGACGCCGCCCACAGGCACAGCAUCAAGGUGGCCUUCCACAUACAGCCAUACAAAGGACGGACGGACCAGAGCGUGCAUGACAACAUCAAAUACAUUAUUGACAAGUAUGGAAAGCAUGGCGCCUUCUACAGAUUCCGAUCCAGCACAGGGCGAGUCCUGCCUCUGUUUUAUGUCUAUGACUCCUACCUGACACCACCAGAGUCCUGGGCGGAGCUUCUGAAGACUAAAGGCUCCCACAGCAUCAGAGGCACGCCUUACGACGGCGUUUUCGUCGCCCUCAUUGUGGAAGAGCGCAACAAACAUGACAUCCUAGCUAGCGGCUUUGAUGGCAUAUACACCUACUUUGCCUCCAACGGCUUCUCCUUUGGCUCAUCUCACCAGAACUGGAAAGCCAUCAAGGCCUUCUGCGAUGCAAACAAUCUGCUAUUUAUUCCCAGUGUUGGUCCAGGGUACGUGGACACAGCUGUCCGGCCAUGGAACAACCAUAACACCAGGAACCGGGUGAACGGACGUUACUACGACACAUCCUUGCAGGCAGCGUUGUCCGUCAGACCAGAAAUCGUCACCAUUACUUCCUUUAACCAAUGGCACGAAGGCACGCAGAUAGAGAAGGCUGUACCCAAGAAAACAGUGGCCCGUUUGUACCUUGACUACCGACCCAACCAACCAGACCACUACUUAGAGCUUACGCGCCAGUGGGCCGAGAACUUCAACAAGGAGAAGGACAAAUGGCUGAUGUGAACAUGGCUUUGUUUCCCUGGUAGAUGCCCUGAGCAUGCCCAGAAAUGACAUUAAGUCAGAUCCCUGAUGCCCCUUUAUGUUCCACAACCUACCAGUUUUUCCCCAACUCUGAGCACUUCCGAUGAGAUUUUCUCUAAAUGUUCACUCUACCCUUACAGCUAUUAAUCACUUGCAUUUUUUUUGUACAGGUUAAUAAUGUCACUAAUAUGUUGAAGCUACAAUGUCACAAUGAUGGACAGAUCAUCAUCGUUACCCGAUUACAACUCGGUUUGCGGAAUCAAGAAAUUGCGUCCAUGUACAGUAACUCUGCUCUGUAGGGUCUUUUUUCUUAUUUUCUUAUGAUGAAAGACAGUUUUUUCCUGUAAUUCUUUAAAGACGAAUUAAAAUGUGUGUCUGUUUA